GUCCGAUAAACCAGCCUGCUCGGUCGUAUGGUCUGACCACCCCGACCAGGCAGGCGCGACCGUCAGUCCUGUCAAAACAUUCGCAUCAGCUGAUUGACCGGAUCGAGGGAUCACCGACCGCCGGACCGCACCGGAUGCGACAGAGCGUACACACACACAGUUGGGUGGAGUGCACGAAUGCUUAAGUGUCAUUUAUUUAGGCAUUUCUUAAUGGUAUGGGCUGGGAAACGAUCGCUUCAGAGCCCCAUAGUGCAUCUUAGGCCUCAGAGUUCACGAGAGGCCGACUCCGAACACUAACCAAGCCUGCAGAUAUGGCAUUAUGAGCAGCAACCGACAACCCCCCUUUGUCUGGAUGGAAACUUGCCAGCCGGCCAAGAUCGGGAGAAAGGGAAAGGGAAUUGUGUGAAAACGUACGCGCCGUUAGAAGAGCAAUUUUUCUGUUCAGUUUCAAUGGGAUCUGUUCUGCUUUCCUGGAGUGGGUCAUUUCCCCGUUCAUGAAGAUCAUGCCGCCUCUACUGCCAGUGCAAUCUCUUUACAAAACAUGCUUGCUUGUGAUUUUCAAUCACUUGCGAUGCCUCGUUCGUCAGAAUACUGAUUCUUUGGAGGCUCUUCGAGAACUGUUGCAGUCCUUGUUUCAUCGUGGUAUCCGUCAGAAUCUUAUUGAUAUAGCUACAAAGCGGUGCAGUUCUAGUGAUGCUUUCACACUCUUAGACCUCCUCAAAGUUUUGUUGGAUAAAUCCAUUAAGCACUUGGACUUAUCAAGGGGAGAUGACAGUGCUACCCUACAAGCAGACCAAUGUGCUCGCCUGUUUGAUUAUCUAGAACAAUACAAUGGUAUUGGUUUACAAGAGCUUGUUGUCAAGGUUCGCUUAACGAAUUCGUACCGCGGGGGAGUUGAAAGUAUAUCCCCUGGUAACUUUGCUCUUCAUCAUGUAUUACGUCAUGGUUUGGCAUCAUCUUUGCACACUUUAGUCUUGCACAGUGUGUGUGACAAUGAGACACUGCACUUACUUGGACAACAUGCUGUUCAUCUUAGUCACCUAGAUGUCAGCAGCUCCUGGCUUGUUGAUGACAGGGGCUUGCAUCAGCUCUUACUUAAGAAUCCAGAUGUAUGUUACUUUGAUUCUGAAGCGUUUGACACGGUUGAGGCAAUUUUCACCUCUAUGUGGGCUAUUUCUCACGCUUUUGGUGGACCACAUGUUGGAGUUAAUAAUUGCUGUUCAAGUCUACAAGAAGUCAGAAUCCAAGAUACUAAUACAUCUGAAAUAGGAGUAGCUUUGCUACUAUUGUUUGUUCCCAACCUGCGCUCUCUUGGUGGAUUCAUCUACUAUAGGAGUGUUGGAGAGGCCAUUAUAUCACUUUUACGACAAUCCCAGAAUACUCUACGUCUUUCUUUAAGUGAACUGUGGGAUACUCACAUGCCAUCCUUAAAAGCCUCAGUUCUAAGCAGAGCCCUACCAAAUCUAUCUAGCCUCUACACACGUGCUACAUGGCUCCCAACAUUAAACACUUUUCCUAAACUUUACUCUCUCACAAUUGAUUUUGAUUUUAUGGACUAUUCUCAAUCUCUUGAAAGAUUUCUCAGAGUAAUUCCCCAAAUGUUAAAGAAGCUUGUUUUAGUUGAUCAGGUACAUGCAGUUGAUUUGGCUAUGAUUGGGGAAUUGUGUCCUGGACUUGAAGAGGUAAGUGCCAAACUUGUUGGCUCAUGGGGCUCUGGAAGCAGGCAGAAAGCCUACAGUCUGUUGCCUUCACUUCAUACAUGUCGUGUGAGAAUCUUGAACCAGGAAACGUUCCGCUCCCUGCUUGUGCAUACUCAGAAACUUCACGUUUUUGAGGUUGUUAUGGAAAAAAUGCCUCAUGAUGAACCAAAUCUUGAUGAUGAAAUAAUAUCAUCUGCUUUGUCAGAGAGAGUAUCGCCACUUCAGCUCACGCGUCUCAUCAUAACUUCCAACUCCGGUUGUAAUUUAUCUUUCCUUAGUGUUCACCUUCUUGCUCAAGCUUGUCCCAAAUUGAAGUUGUUAGGUGAUCUUAAUUUGUGGAAAAUUCAGAAACGUCAGUUAGUGGAACUAACCAAUGAAAUAAUGGCAAAAAAUUGGGAUUUGCAGCUUGUUUGUAGGGGAGAGUUGUACCCAAGUGCAGUGUGGAGGAAUUUGAUGGAUAUUUAACUUUUACCAUUUUAAGUGUUCAAUAUUUUCAGACUGAGAGUAGGACCAUUAGUUUAAGAAAGUUUCUCAUUUAAUUUAUCAUAAUACUAAUUAAGAUUUGUAGUAACCAGUCCUGUAGACUUACUCUUUGAAUGGUUAGCAUUCAUGCACACUAUAAAAAAGGAAAAAUGUUCUAGGUGCGUUCUGAUGUUUUUGGAAUUUCUUUGCAACAUGAACUUGCACCUGCCUGAUUUUCUCCAAACCAAGGAAAAGUACUGCCUUCUUAUAGUUAAAACUGUUGAUAAAAAUUAUCAAUACAAUCAUACUAAAAGUAAGGUAUUUUUCAAAAAAAGAACUAAGUUUUUGAAGCAUAGCCAUUAGGUUGUUUAGUGGUCAGUUUCCUGAUCUCAAAUAUCUCAUUGACAAGGCUGAACUAAAUCUAGGUAGUUUAUACGUUCUUCAUAGAUUUUAGUCAAGUUCCACUUAAUCCUCCAUUCUUCUUGUGUUUUGAAAUUACCUGUCAAAACUACCAUGAGGACUCAUACUUUUGUUUCUUCUCUUUUUAUCAUUAUUUUCUUUUUGAACCCUUCUAAACAAAACUAUAAAUGGAUAUUUUGUUGAAAGCAAUUACGUAUGUAUGUGCUGUAGUUUAAAAUUUUCCCCCUUGUAUAAAAUGAUUGUUUUUUUACAUCUAAGGUUGUCUAGAUCUAGGCUGGAACUAAGCUCUAAAGAGCUUCCUGACUUUCUCUCUUGAUCCAUCCAGAUAUUAAAAUGAAAAUAUGUACUAUCUGACUCAACUUCUAUAAUGUUUGUAGCAAUAUGUUAUCUGUGAUAUUAGUUAUACUCACUUUUUUUGUUUUAGUUCAUUUGAUUAUUGUACCAGUAGUCCACAUAAGUGACUGUUUUGCCCCUGAAUAUUUGUGCAUGCAAAUGCAAACAUUUUAUUUGUAUUUUCGCCGAUUUCCAGACACUUUUCCCCAACAGUUUGUGGCAUUGCGACGCCCGUGUACCCUGCCGGGACAUAAUUAAUUAAUCAUAACAGCGCAUAGAGCGCAGUUUAGGGCCACAUCAGGACAAAUUUCCCGUAUUCUUUUUUCUAUUUUUCCUGAUUUUCCCUAGUGCUUUCAAGAGCUAUGGCCAUCAUGUCUGUAACUUGUUCAAGGAUUUUGUUUGCCUUCUUCAGAAUUUAGAUGGUCAAUUCGACUUUUGUCACAGGGUAAGUAGAUUUGUGGUUUUCUUUUGCUUCCAGUAUAUUGUGUGAAUGUGUACCUUUGUACUAGUUGUUUGAUGAAUUUAGUUUUUCUACCUUUUAUCUGCUGUUUUCUGUGGCAGAACAUUUUCUACAUAGUGAUCUCUACAUAAACUAGUAGUGUUAAUACCAAAUGGGUUUUGUAAGUACAAUAAAAAAUAAAAUAAAAAUG